GAGCCGGCUCCCGCAGGAGGGAGGGCGCGCGGGGGCGGCGCCGACUCCCGACGCUGGGCGCGCGGGAACCCGGGUCCUCGCCUCCCGAGCGCGCAGAGCGGGCCGGCCGCGCCCGCGCCGCCCCUCGGCCCGGCUGCGGGAGCGGGGCGCCCGCGCGGGCACACGGCGGCCGGAGCGCCGAGGCGGUACCUUCAGCCGUGCAAUGAGAAGAGCCCGGGAGAACCCACCGGAGCCAGCGGAGAGCUGGGCUGCGCCCGGUUCGUUGCUGCCGCCGCGGCUGCUCGAAACUCCCCAAAGUUGAGAGCCGGCGAGAGGCUGCCGCCCGCCGGGGGCAGGAGGGAAAGGAAGUCGGAAGGUGCAGGAGUGACAGACGCGGACCGACUGACGCGCAGACCUUCGGAAGGCACCACGUCGGCGGCCUGUCCCCCGAGCUCCAGAGGCUUCCCUGCUCCGUUCCCUGGUGGAAGGCUGAGCUGGUGGAAAAGACACCAGGAGGAGGCUCAGAGGCGACCAUAAUGUCUUUUCGCUUACACACACUGCCCACCCUGCCAGGAGCUGUCAGACCUGGCUGCAGAGAGCUGCUGUGUUUGUUGGUGAUCACAGUGACUGUGAGCCCUAGCGCCUCGGGGGUGUGCCCCACCGCUUGCAUCUGUGCGACGGACAUUGUCAGCUGCACCAACAAAAACCUGUCCAAGGUGCCUGGGAACCUUUUCAGACUGAUUAAGAGGCUGGAUCUGAGUUAUAACAGAAUUGGGCUUCUGGAUGCGGAGUGGAUUCCAGUGUCGUUUGUAAAGCUGAACACCCUAAUUAUUCGUCAUAACAACAUCACUAGCAUCUCCACGGGCAGUUUUUCCACAACUCCAAAUUUGAAGUGUCUGGACUUAUCUUCCAAUAAGCUGAAGACGGUGAAAAAUGCAGUGUUCCAAGAGUUGAAGGUUCUGGAAGUGCUCCUACUUUACAACAAUCACAUUUCCUAUCUUGAUCCUUCAGCAUUUGGAGGACUCUCCCAAUUGCAAAAACUCUACCUAAGCGGAAACUUUCUCACACAGUUUCCUAUGGAUUUGUAUGUUGGAAGGUUCAAGCUGGCAGAACUGAUGUUUUUAGAUGUUUCUUAUAACCGGAUUCCUUCCCUGCCAAUGCACCAUAUAAAUUUAGUGCCAGGAAAACAGCUGAGAGGCAUCUACCUUCACGGAAACCCAUUUAUCUGUGAUUGUUCCCUGUACUCAUUGUUGGUCUUUUGGUAUCGUAGGCACUUUAGCUCAGUGAUGGAUUUUAAGAACGAUUACACCUGUCGCCUAUGGUCUGACUCCAAGCACUCCCACCAGGUGCUACUGCUCCAAGAUAGCUUUAUGAAUUGCUCUGACAGCAUCAUCAAUGGUUCCUUCCGUGCACUUGGCUUUAUUCAUGAGGCUCAGGUAGGGGAAAGACUGAUUGUCCACUGUGACAGCAAGACUGAUAAUGCAAAUACUGAUUUCAUCUGGGUGGGUCCAGAUAACAGACUGCUGGAGCCAGAUAAAGAGAUGGAAAACUUUCGAGUGUUUCACAAUGGAACUCUGGUUAUAGAAAGCCCUCGUUUUGAGGAUGCUGGAGUGUAUUCUUGUAUUGCAAUGAAUAGGCAACGCCUGUUAAAUGAAACUGUGGAUGUCACAAUAAACGUGAGCAAUUUCACUGUUAGCAGAUCCCAUGCUCAUGAGGCAUUUAACACAGCUUUUACCACUCUUGCUGCCUGUGUGGCCAGUAUCAUUUUGGUACUUUUGUACCUCUAUCUGACUCCAUGUCCCUGCAAGUGUAAAUCUAAGAGACAGAAAAAUAUGCUAAACCAAAGCAAUGCCCAUUCAUCUAUUCUCAGUCCCGGCCCUGCUAGUGAUGCCUCCACUGAUGAACGGAAGGCAGGAGCAGGUAAAAGAGUGGUGUUUUUGGAACCCCUAAAGGAUACUGCAGCGGGGCAGAAUGGGAAAGUCAGGCUCUUUCCCAGCGAGACGGUUAUAGCGGAGGGCAUCUUAAAGUCCGCGAGGGGGAAAUCUGACUCAGAUUCAGUCAAUUCAGUGUUUUCAGACACACCCUUCGUGGCAUCCACUUAAUUUUGUGCCUGUAUUUGUAUGAUGUCAUAAUUUAAUCUCUUCGUAUUUAACUUUGUGUGUGGUCUACAAAAUAAACAGCAGGAUAGAAAUUGUGUUGUUUUGAUUUUUGAAAGACAAUCAAAUGGUCUCUUAAAAUCUUUGAUAGAAAAUGAGGUAAAGCACUUUGGUUCCUAAAUGUGCCAGAGAAAAAUGGGGUUGUCUUCCAAAGUUUAAGUUCUAAAUAACAAUAUCUUAGCCUUUAGCACCAUGGAUCUUUUCAAAGCUGGCCCAGAGGUGAUAUGACUGACAUUAUCCCUUUAUUCAAAAUUCUUAAAAGAAAAAAAUAAACUUCAUGUAUUAGUGUUCUUUAAAAAUAGACUUUGCUAACUUCUUAGGACCAAAGUUGAGUUAUUUUAAAGAAAAGCACUAGUGUCCUAUUUCAUUUUUAAAAGAUAUGGAAGAAAGAAUCAAGCAGCAAAGUAUAAAGUAAAGUUGGAUUUGGGACUUAUUCAGCCAAAAUCACUAUUUCAGACGAGUAAACAGACUCUGCUAAUAAAAUCUGGAUAAGGCCACAUCAUCCUAUAUGGUGUUAGAUAAAUAGUGCAAGGAAAAUACAUUUGUUCACUUGUCUUCUUUCCAUGCUGUAUCCUUGUAUAAAAGAUCUCAUCGAAAGUUCGAAGUCAUCAUUAUUUGUUCCCGUAAAUAUGUAGGUGUCAAUACCAGAAUGUCUGAGUAACUUCUUAAAUCUUUGUUCUAGCACAUUAAUAUUUGUUCAUAUGCUUGUGUAUAUGUAAAUCUUAAAUUAUGUGAACUAUUAAAUAGACCCUGCUGUAUUGUGCUUUGGACAUUUGAAUUAAUGUAAAUAUAUGUAAUGUGUGACUUGAUGUUUUGUUUUAUUUGGGUAUUUAAAAACAUAAAUCUAAGAUGUUUUAUGUGAUCAGAUUAUGAUAUUUUGCGUAAAGCACCACCUAUAGCAAA